CUUCCACAGGCAGCUUUUCGAAAUCUGCAUCGACCUCACCCAGUUGUUGAACACCUUGUGAAGAUUCCCUCUGUUCUCGGCAUUCUCAAUGGCAAACGCAAAGCCCAUACCUGACGAAGUCCUCGAGGGCUGUAUAGCCUACAAUCCCGCACUCCUGCCCAGCUAUGGCUAUAAACCCAGCCUGGCAGCCGGAAUCACUUAUUGCGUUCUCUUCAGCCUCGCACUUGCUGCGCAUUGUCUUUACAGCGUCCUCAACCGACGAUGGGCGAACUACUUGCUGGCCACGGGAGCCCUUGGGGAGCUCAUCGGCUGGGCAGGUCGCACCUGGUCAUCGCAAUGCCCUUACAAUCAGUCCGCCUUCCUGAUGCAAAUCGUCACCUUGGUCAUCUCGCCAGUCUUCUUCACCGCUGCGCUCUUUGUCAUGUUGGCACAACUCAGUGUCCAGAGAGGGGCUCAAUAUUCGCUGAUCCCGCCACGACUCUAUCUCUACAUCUUCUGCACCUGCGAUGUCAUUGCCCUGCUCAUUCAAGCCGCAGGCGCAGCCAUUGCCUCCCACGAGUUCGAUACGCAGGGUGAUCCGGAAAAGGGCACUCAUGUCGUCGUCGCUGGGCUCGGAUUCCAACUGGCGGCAAUGACCGUCUUCUUCGGUUGUUUUCUGGGUUUCAUCGUCCGGUCCUUCAAGCAGACUUGGCCAAGGCAUGAGGUGGUCCUGUUGGGGUCGAUGCUUCUCAGCUUCAUAUCUCUAUACAUUCGAUGCGUAUACCGGACAGCCCAGCUCGCAGAAGGCUGGCUAGGUUACCUCUCUCGGCAUGAGCGGUUCUUCCUGGCGCUGGAUGCCGCUUUGAUGGUGGUCUGUGUCGGUAUAUUUGUUCCUUUCAAUCCAGGAACCUUGCUACGGCCCGAGCAUAGUGUUAGGGCUCGCGAGGGGGCUGAAUCUGCUUGGGGAAGCGGCACUUUGCUUGGUAGACUUCGGCGAAAUCGCACCGCUGAUACGGAAAAUCACAAUCCCACUGCCGCAACGACAGAUGCUCAUGUGACGGACAACCCAUCAGGGGAUAACAAGACAGGUUGAGCCGUCCAUAUUUGCGAAAGCCGGAUUCUGCAAUAGGCGUGCAUGUGAAGGUGGUAUAGGUAAUGGUGGCAUGAAUGAGAUAAGCGAGGACAUGAAAUUCGAGUUUAUGUCAUAUUCAAGUCCUGGAGCACAUAGCAAAUACUUCAAAUUGUGCGUGACAGCAGCUUCCACGCAGUGCGAACAACGACCGCUGGACCAAGUACAACAAGGGCAUAUACGAAAAGCAGAUCGUAGUUCUGAGCUUUCCAGAAUGACAUCCUCGCGUCAG